CCAGUACCUCCUCGACCCUCUUCUCCCCGGGCGGAGGGGCCGCACCUUCCCGCAGGGCAGUAACAUAAAGACUUGUCAUACGGGAGAUAAGAAAAGGAAGAAAAGUAAAGAGAGAGACCAACUUUCUUAGAAGUGAUUUGUAUAAAGGUGUUGCAUGAAAGUAGAGUGAACAGUCCUUUGUGUUUUCUUCGAAGGAUCAAUAUUUCAAGAUGUGUGAAGGAGAAGGGUCUAACUGACAAGCUGCCUUGAUACACUGUUAUUCUAUGGCUGGAUUGACUGAAAAUUGCCUCAAAGAGUAAGGUUUCUUGUCUAUACUUACGUAACUGCUGCAAGCUGCCUAGUCUUAAGAAGUUGAACUCCAUUCUUCAAGUGUGAUUUAUUCAGUACAGUAUAAAAUCAUGAUGAAAACGAUAAGCAUACCUACAAGCAAAACUUCCCUGGUCCUCUUUCUGUGCCAAAUUAUUUCUGCACUGGAUGUACCUCUUGACUCAAAACUUCUAGAAGAAUUGUCACAACCUCCUACGAUAACUCAGCAAUCUCCAAAAGAUUACAUUGUUGACCCUCGAGAGAAUAUUGUAAUACAGUGUGAAGCCAAAGGAAAGCCACCUCCUAGCUUCUCUUGGACGCGCAAUGGAACUCAUUUUGAUAUAGAUAAAGAUGCACAGGUAACAAUGAAACCAAAUUCAGGGACUCUUGUCAUAAAUAUUAUGAAUGGUGGGAAGGCAGAAGCAUAUGAGGGAGUUUACCAGUGUACAGCAAGGAAUGAACGAGGAGCAGCUGUUUCCAACAAUAUCGUUAUAAGGCCUUCUAGAUCGCCUUUGUGGACGAAAGAAAAACUAGAACCAAAUCAUGUCCGUGAAGGUGACUCACUAGUACUGCACUGCAGACCUCCUGUUGGCCUACCACCACCUAUCAUAUUUUGGAUGGAUAAUGCUUUCCAAAGGCUGCCUCAAAGUGAGAGAGUUUCCCAAGGUCUAAAUGGAGAUCUUUAUUUUUCUAAUGUACAACCAGAAGACACCCGGGAGGACUAUAUCUGCUAUGCAAGAUUUAAUCAUACACAAACUAUACAGCAGAAACAACCCAUAUCUGUAAAAGUCUUUUCAAUGGAUUCAUUGAAUGACACUAUAGCUGCUAAUUUGAGUGACACUGAUAUUUAUGGUGCAAAGCCAGUUACAGAAAGGCAGCCCGUUCUCCUAACACCAACAGGUAGCACAAGUACCAAAGUGGAACUCAGAGGAAAUGUCCUUUUGUUGGAGUGCAUCGCAGCAGGAUUACCCACACCAGUAAUCCGCUGGAUCAAAGAGGGUGGGGAACUGCCAGCCAACAGAACGUUUUUUGAAAAUUUUAAGAAAACUCUCAAGAUUAUAGAUGUUUCAGAAGCUGACUCUGGGAACUACAAAUGUAUAGCAAGAAAUCCAUUAGGUUCAGUUCAUCAUGUCAUUUCAGUAACUGUGAAAGCUGCUCCGUACUGGAUAACAGCACCCAGAAAUUUGGUCUUGUCUCCUGGAGAAGAUGGAAUAUUGAUCUGCAGAGCUAAUGGCAACCCAAAGCCUAGAAUAAGCUGGUUAGCAAAUGGUGUUCCCAUAGCAAUUGCGCCAGAAGAUCCCAGCAGAAAGGUGGAUGGUGACACCAUUAUUUUCUCACACGUGCAAGAAAGGUCAAGUGCUGUCUAUCAGUGCAAUGCUUCUAAUGAGUAUGGAUACUUGCUAGCAAAUGCAUUUGUGAAUGUUCUGGCUGAGCCACCAAGAAUUCUGACUCCUGCUAAUAAACUGUAUCAAGUCAUUGCAGACAGUCCUGCAUUGCUAGACUGUGCUUAUUUUGGAUCACCUAAGCCUGAAAUUGAAUGGUUUAAGGGAGUGAAAGGUAGCAUCUUGCGUGGAAAUGAGUACGUUUUCCAUGAUAACGGAACCUUGGAAAUUCCAGUGGCUCAGAAGAGUAGUGCUGGUACAUACACAUGUGUAGCAAGGAAUGAAUUAGGAAAGAUACAAAAUGAGGUGCAGUUGGAAAUUAAAGAUCCAACAAUGAUUAUUAAACAGCCAGAAUACAAAGUGAUUCAGAGAUAUGGCCAGGCUUCUUUUGAGUGUAUAAUAAAACAUGAUUCCACCUUACUACCAACAGUUACAUGGUUGAAGGACAAUGAUGAACUACCAGAUGAUGAAAGGUUUCUAGUUGGUAAAGACAACUUGACCAUUAUGAAUGUAACUGAUAAAGAUGAUGGAACAUACACUUGCGUAGUUAAUACUACUCUGGACAGUGUUUCAGCAAGUGCUGUGCUUACUGUUGUUGCUCGGCCAAAUCCACCCUUUGACUUGGAAUUGACAGGUCAGUUAGAAAGAAGCAUUGAACUCUCAUGGAUACCAGGAGACGAAAACAACAGUCCCAUUACAAAUUUUGUAAUUGAAUAUGAAGAUGCACUGCAUGAACCAGGAGUGUGGCAUUACCAGACAGAAGUCCCUGGCACUCAGACAACAGUGCAGCUGAAGUUGUCUCCGUAUGUCAACUACUCAUUCCGUGUGAUAGCUGUCAAUAAGAUUGGCAGAAGUCAGCCAAGUGAACCAUCUGAGCAGUACCUGACAAAAUCUGCAAGCCCUGAUGAGAAUCCUGCUAAUGUACAGGGGAUAGGCUCAGAACCUGAUAAUUUGGUAAUAACAUGGGAGCCUUUAAAAGGUUUUCAGUCUAACGGACCAGGGCUUCAGUACAAAGUCAGCUGGCGCCAGAAAGAUGUUGAUGAUGAAUGGACAUCUGUUAUAGUUGCAAAUGUAUCUAAAUAUAUUGUGUCUGGUACACCAACUUUUGUUCCAUAUGAAAUAAAAGUGCAAGCUUUAAAUGACUUGGGGUAUGCACCAGAGCCAUCAGAGGUGAUUGGACAUUCAGGGGAAGACUUGCCAAUGGUUGCUCCAGGCAAUGUGCAGGUUCAUGUUAUUAACAGCACAUUAGCAAAGGUGCAUUGGGACCCAGUUCCACUAAAAACUAUCCGAGGACACCUUCAAGGGUACAAAGUUUACUACUGGAAAGUGCAGAGUCUAUCCAGAAGGAGUAGACGACAUGUAGAAAAAAAGAUCUUGACUUUCAGGGGAAACAAGACUUUUGGAAUGUUACCAGGGCUGGAGCCUUAUAGUUCUUACAAGCUGAAUGUUAGAGUUGUUAAUGGUAAAGGAGAAGGACCAGCAAGCCCAGACAAAGUAUUUAACACCCCUGAAGGAGUUCCAAGCUCACCCUCCUUUCUGAAGAUUACUAACCCAACACUGGACUCUCUGACUCUGGAGUGGGGUUCACCCACUCAUCCAAAUGGUGUUUUGACAUCAUAUACACUGAAGUUUCAGCCAAUCAACAAUACACAUGAGUUGGGUCCCUUGGUAGAGAUAAGAAUUCCUGCCAACGAGAGCAGCUUGAUAUUAAAAAAUUUAAAUUACAGCACCCGGUACAAGUUUUACUUUAACGCACAAACUUCAGUUGGAUCAGGAAAUCAGAUAACUGAGGAAGCAGUAACAAUUAUGGAUGAAGGUAAGAUGGUUCAACCACUUUAUCCAAGGAUCAGAAAUGUUACAACAGCUGCUGCUGAGACCUAUGCCAAUAUCAGUUGGGAGUAUGAGGGACCAGAUCAUGCGAACUUUUAUGUUGAAUAUGGUGUAGCAGGCAGCAAAGAAGAUUGGAAAAAGGAAAUUGUAAAUGGUUCUCGAAGCUUCUUUGUCUUAAAGGGUUUAACACCAGGAACAGCAUAUAAAGUCCGGGUUGGUGCUGAGGGCCUGUCUGGUUUUAGGAGUUCAGAGGAUGUGUUUGAGACAGGUCCAGCAAUGGCAAGCCGGCAGGUAGACAUCGCUACUCAAGGAUGGUUCAUUGGUCUUAUGUGUGCUGUUGCUCUUCUGAUCUUGAUUUUACUGAUUGUUUGCUUCAUAAGGAGGAAUAAGGGUGGCAAGUAUCCAGUGAAGGAAAAGGAGGAUGCACAUGCUGAUCCAGAAAUACAACCUAUGAAGGAAGACGAUGGAACAUUUGGUGAAUACAGGUCCAUGUCUGCUUGGACAGGAAAGAAACUGGACAAGGAAAAGAAAAGAAAAGGUAGCUGUGCCAAUUCUCGUGAAGCAGACCCUGUCUUUACCAAAGCAAAGUCUGUGAGAUCUGACAGAUCCAACUUCUUCAGAAGGUCAGGGGAUCAAUGCCCCAGCACCAGAUCAGAGACCUCCUACACCAGGAGGAGGGCUAGGCAGUCUUCAGAGUUUACAAGGGUUAGUUCUUUCUCUGCUUCCCUCUGCCAAGAGGAGAAGAGGUCAGACGAAUGGAAGUACAGGCAUGGCUCUAGACAUCAUGCUUCUGAGCAACAGAUAAUGGGGUCGGAGGAGGGCUCAGAUUCUCAGGCAGGACAGCCACCCCCUUUCCAGCAACCCCUCAGCUGCAACUCAAUUGGUGGCUUACUGGCAAGGCAGCAUUCUUCUCUCCAGCACUGGUGCAGCCGGACCCCAGACUACAGCUCAGAUUCGGAAGACACUCAGAGCUCCUGCCACAGGAAGGUAAGACCUUCUACUUCUACUCACUUCUCUGAAUCCGAAAAGAAUUCACUAAUGAAAUCUGUAAUCUUGCCUGAACUGGCCACUGUCUUAAAGGAUGCUUUGACAGCAGCCAGACAAAGUAUAACAUCUGUGGCACAGGCUAGGACCCAUUCAAUAAAGCAUCCCAGGGUACCAAUUGCAGAAGUUCCACUGGUUCCUUUAGAAGCAUCUGGGAGCAGUUCCCAGACUUCUGAGUCUGAUCAUAUGGACAGUUUAAAAGAUCAAACUGCUUCUGGGAAGGAGAAACCUGAGGCUGUCAAGGCCUUGGAGGUUGAAUCAGCCCCUGAAGACGGGGAGGUGGCAUCUGAGUCCUCUACAGAAGAUCCAGAAGGACCAGAUCCUCUGCGCAAAUUUGACAUGGAGAAUCAGAAUUACCUGUUUGAACACAUAAAGACGGUGCUAAUGCUAAAAUCUUCCAAAUCUGAAUGUGCUUCAGAAGAACUGCUUAUCCCAUCUGAAGAAAGCAAGGUAAAUAAUGCACUUCCUAUCCAUUCAGCUGUGGAAGAUCUUGUCUGCAGGAUUUGGGGUAAUCCUGAAGCCAAGCAUGAAGCCCCAUCAGUCCUACGUAAACUCUAUCCUCUUCCCGUGGAUAAAGCUGCUUUGUGGGGGACCUUGCCUGAGGUAGACAGAGCAUUGGUUACUGGUGAUUCUAUGCUGUCAGUGCCUCAUAAUACAGAUGCUCUCCUUAAAGAUCCUACUGACAGAAAGAUUGAAGAAGCAAUCAAAAGAUCUUUCAAGCUAGCUGCAGCCCAGCUUGGAGUAUCUAUCUACUGCACUUAUGCUUCUAAAGCUUUACUAAUAUGGUUAGAGGAAGAACGAGCCAGAUUCAGAAAGAAAUGGGUCCCAUCUGGUGCCAUGCAGAGGAAACACAAGCUGUGUAAAAUUGCAGCUAGUUUUAUCCAUGAUGCAGCUGAGGAUUUUCUUAGACUCACUGUUAAAAAUGUGGCAUGCCUCACUGUAGCCUGGAGAGCUCUAUGGCUGCGUCCUUGGAGCUCAUCACUAGAUCUGAAAUAUAAACUGCUGUCUUUACCAUACACAGGGGGCAAGCUGUUUGGUGAAUCCUUAGUCCAGAUCAUGAAGGAUUUCUCAGAACACAAGCACUCCUUACAUCAGAUGAAAAAAAAGAGCUCUGCGGAAAGCUCUUCCUGUUCUCCUCACAAGUGUCUGAGCUCCUUGCGUUCUCCUCCGAAGUUCAAAGGAGGGAAAGGAAAGUAUAAGGUCUCACAAUCAUUUCAUGCCAAGUACAAAAAGACAUCUCACUUUCAGAGAGAUACCAGACCAUCUAGAGGAACUUUCUAAGAACACAGACUUGCUUCCUAGUUUCUCAGGAACUGAGAAGAGUGAAAGACAUGGAAAUGUUUCAAUGUUUCUGGACAAAUAAACCCAGUGCUUAGAAAAUUAGUUGUUUCAAAAUAAGAUUUAAAGUAUGAAGUUACUUAAAUCUUAAUGACUAAUUAAAAUAUUCUAGAGAAAUCAUAGCUCUCAGUUUUAGGGAAGGGUUUUUUCACAUUUCAUUUCUAGACUUCCUAGUGGUCUUGGGAUGGUUUGGGUUUGUUUGAAGUUUUGCACUCCUCAACUUCAACUAAGAGAGUACUUUCUGUGUGAGAGUUGGCUGGUCUGCAGGACCAGACAACAUCAGAUUUUUCUGCCCUAUUGAUCUUGUGAAGAAAGUCAUGCUUUAGAAAAUGCAGGUGUUUCAGGAUCCAUGGAAUAAUUGUGGAUUCCUGUGACUGGAUGGAUGUGGAUGGUGGUAAAAGGGAAAACAAAAGUUUGAGUUUUCCCAAGCUACUAGAAGGAAAACAGAAGGGAAAGAAUUAAUAACAAAGUUUAGCAUCUGGUGUUGUGGACAGGAUGAGUGUGUGAGGAACGUGAUGUUUUGGUAAAAGCAUGUUUACAAGAAGUGUAGCCUUCCUUGGACCAAUGAGCUUAUUCUAUCUUUAGUUCAACGAACCAGUCCAUAAAAAUGUGUCUACUCCUGCAAUAAAUCACUUCUUCUGCUUACUAGAUGAAGCCUGUGUUGCUGUAUCUUUUCACCGCUCCCUAGCCUUACAGCAACAGAUGGAUUCCUUCAUUUUUACAUAAUAAGGGAAAACAGUACCUCUGUAGCAAUCUGCACUGCAUUCUCAGUGGUUUUCUGAGUUGUAGAAGACUGAGAAAGUGAAUUGUGGACAGUCAAUGUCUACACCAAGAAACUGCAAGAAACAGAAUAAGUACCACAGAUGUGUGUUGAGGUCAGCCUAGGUGUAUAAAUAAGCCUAAAUUUUCCUCCUGGUCCAUAAAUUGAGAGAAAUGAGGAAGUUAUGACAGUUACAGACUCAUGGGUUCAUGGGCAGGAAUAGUGGAAGCAAGCAACUACAAGGGUAGGACAAAAGUCCAGUGGUCUGCAGAAUGUUCUUAGGAAGAUAGAACAGGACAAGGCAACUACAACUACAGUAGUAGGAUUGCUAGUGUGGUAACACAGGAUUUUUGCACAUUUUGAUGAAUUAUUUGGCCUCCUUUCUUCAAUAUUUUGACACAUAGUAUUUUUCCAAAAAUUCUAGGAUAUGCUGUGAGACACUGUGGCAAAGAGUUCUGGGAUUGCUAGAUAAUAUAUUACUCUUCCUUAUUCUUCUGGAUUGAUUAACAAUGAAAAUAAAGUUUGUAACUACAACUGUGCAGUUUUUUCUCUUGUAGUUACUUAACUUGAAGCUUAGGUGUGUUUCCACAGGGACCUAGCCAUGAUUUGUGCUCCAGGACUGUAAUUUCAACCUUGGUCCCUUCCAGAACAAAAGAUUAUCUCUAUGUAUUGACUGCCUGAAGGACUUAACAGUCAAACUGGAUCUGGCAGUGGCCUUACUGUAUUCUAAUUUAUGCACAUGUACUUUCUUUGACAAUUCUUAUUUUGUUUCUUAAAUACUUGUGUGAUUAACAACUUUUUCAACGCAUUGAUUUUUAUAGCCAGAGCUUCAUCACCCAGUUUUUCCAGCUUCUGCCAGGAUUGAAGAUUGAGUAUUACAGAGAUGUUAAUGAAAAAUUAUUCAGAAGACUAAUAUAGGUGUACUUAAGUCUUAGCUAAAUAAGAAAUAGUAAAAUGUUUUGAAGUCUGGAUUGACUCUAAUAAUAUUAAAGAGUCACAGUCCUAAUAAUUUAGGAGUGUGAGCAGAAACCUGCUAGGUACAGGGACAGAGUAUGCAGGGAAUUCAUAGCAGAAGGUAUUUUUGUGGCUUUACCUGAUUGCUUUUACUUAAACAUUUCUGGGCUAUUGAUCUGAGGUCACAGAAAAAGGAAUUUACUGCCAACAAUUUUCAUCUUCUGCAUCCAGUUUCUGUGUCCCAUAGCCCAGAAUGCUUCACCCACUUUGUUUCUGUUACCUUUCACCUGACAGUUGUGCUGUAAGGAAAAGUAGUAUAUUGCUAACCAUAUAUUGAGUCUUUUUGCAUGUCUGUGAAUGUGGCAAAGUUUAGUUGGGAAUUAGUUGCCUGCUGGACUGCAGAGGCAUCGUAAAAGUGUCUUCCCCAUUCUGACUGGUUGCUGCAUGUACCCAUAUCUAAGGAAGAAAAAUUGAAAAGUUGAAA